AUGACCGACUCGAGCUUCGUCCAAGCACAGCAGCGGGUCGUCGCCCGACGGGAGGCUCGCCAAGCAGCAGCAGCGGCGGCGGCGGCGGCGGCAGCUCAGCGAGAUGCCUCCUCCGGCGCCAGCGCCCAGCUUCGGCGCCUGCCGUUCCCUUUCAACAGGCUCUCUCCGGCCUGGGAUGCUGCCACGUCCCGCCAGGGCACUCGUCCGGCCUUUCGGGUCGCGCAGGUGGAUGCAGAGCUGCUUGACGAGAACCUUGUCGAUCUUCUCAAAGGCCAGGUCGGCGACGCCCUCCGAUACUUUGCCGGCGGCCAUCUGCACCACGACUGGUCGGCCGAAGUCACGUUGGCGCUCAGAGCCGUCCUCUUCAAGCUGACGGUGUGGGAUCACGAUGCCACCUAUGGUGCCGCCUUGCAAAAUCUCAAGUACACCGACGCGAGGAAGCCCGGGCCCGUCUUGUCGCCCCCGUCACGACUCCAAAAGUCCCUCUACGGCCUGGUCACCGUCUUUGGGAAAUACGCCUGGGCAAGAUGGGAGGACUGGCUGCUGGAACAGGACGACGGACGAGAUCACGGCCAGCCAUCCCACCCACGCACUCGCCGCCUGUCUCGUUGGACCUCGCGGCUGACCACCAUGCACUCGGCCGCGGCCUUGGCGAGCUUCCUGGUUUUCCUCCUGCACGGCCGGUACAGGACCUUGCUGGACAGGAUGCUGCGGAUGCGCCUGGCGUCGCCCACCAGCCAGGUGAGUCGAGAGGUGUCGUUUGAGCACCUGAACCGGCAGCUCGUCUGGCACGCCUUUACCGAGUUCCUCCUCUUCGCGCUGCCGCUGGUUGGCGUGAACAAGUGGCGACGCUGGCUGAGCAAGAUCUGGGCAAGGACCAAGGGGAUUAUCAGCACCAGGGGGACGGGGACGGGGACGGGGACGGGGACGGGGGCGGGGACGGGGGCGGGGGCAGAGGGCCAGCCGACGGCCAGGGGCGAGUACGGCUUUCUGCCGGAGCGGACGUGCGCCAUCUGCUACCAGGACCAGAGCGACUCGGCGACAACCGAGACGGAAAUCAUGGCGGCGGCGGCGGCCUCCAGCGGCGUCGUCGGCUCCGCCCAGACGGACGUUACCAACCCGUACGAGACGAUCCCAUGCGGAUGCGUCUACUGCUUCGUGUGCCUGGCAACGCGGCUGGAGCGCGAGGAGGGCGAGGGCUGGACAUGCCUGCGGUGCGGCGAGCACGUCGGGGCAUGCAAGCCCUGGAGCGGGGACGUGCUGGAGCAACCGGCCGCCCCUGCUGGCGUCACGCACAGGCCCAGGCCCGCGCGCGGCAAAAGCGUGGCGUUUGUCGACGACGCUGUCGACGACGCUGUCGCAGGCGGGCUGGCGGAAGAGGAAGCGCCGGCCCGCGAGGCUGCUCGGCCGGCAGAAGAAGCGGCGUCGGCCGAGACGUCGGCCGAGGAGGACUACGAUGACGGCUGCGACGAGGGUUCGGAUAUUGUGGACGAGAACUCGGACAUGGGGUCGGAUCUGGCAUCAGACGCGGGCGAUUGA